AACAUAAGCUUUUUGUUGGUAUGCUUCCAAAGAAUGUCUCUGAAGCUGAAGUUCAAUCUUUAUUCUCCAACUAUGGGACCAUAAGGGAUCUACAGAUUUUAAGAGGUGCUCAACAGACAAGCAAAGGCUGUGCUUUUCUUAAGUAUGAGACAAAAGAACAAGCUGUUUCUGCCAUGGAAUCCAUCAAUGGAAAACAUAAAAUGGAGGGUUCGACUGUUCCUUUAGUUGUCAAAUGGGCAGAUACAGAACGAGAAAGACACACAAGAAGACUUCAAAAGGCUCAAUCUCACAUCGCUCGACUAGGGAAUGGUGAUCCAACAAAUCCCUCAUUGUUUGGAGCCUUACCCAUGGGUUAUGUUCCACCAUAUAAUGGAUAUGGUUAUCAUCAGCCUCCUGGAACUUAUGGUUACAUGCUACCACCAAUUCAGAACCAAGCUGCAUUUCCCAAUAACAACGCAUUGCAAGGAACAUCACCUGACUCUGUGCCACCUCGGUUGGCACGUAGAAACUUUCCUAUGCCUCCUGCAAACUACAUGGGAUCUGGUUAUCCUGCUGUAAGAGGUCAUCCUUUUCCAUUGGCUUAUCCCAGAGGAAUUGUUAGUCCUCGCCCUCUAGGUAGCUCCCCUGGAUCUAUAUCACCUGGUAUUGGCAACAGUGGCAUGUCAACAACACCUUUAGGCAUUGGUUUGAGUUCCGUGGUUCAAGCCGAAGGCCCCGAAGGUGCGAAUCUGUUUAUCUAUAACAUACCUCGGGAAUUUGGGGAUCAAGAACUCGCGGCUGCAUUUCAACCUUUCGGUAUUGUUCUGAGCGCCAAAGUUUUUGUAGACAAAGCCACUGGUGUAAGCAAAUGUUUCGGUUUUGUUAGUUAUGACUCACAAGCAGCCGCUCAGAACGCUAUUAACAUGAUGAAUGGUCGUCAUUUAGGCGGUAAGAAAUUGAAAGUCCAGCUUAAGAGAGACAAUAACUCCGGCCAGCAGAGUAGUAAUCCUCCCUUGAACUCCUAAAAGGCUAAAGACGCUGAGCCAUCUUCUCUCUUCGACUUAAAAGUUCAUAACAGAAAGAAAAAGAAAAAAAAAACAUUCUGGCUAAUGAGUUGACCCGGUUCAAGAUUUGGGUCGAUCUUGAAUUGGAUGCAUCUGUAUAAAAUCCAAAUCUCAUUGUGGGUCAAAAUGUCCCAUCAACUUAUAGCUGCAAACUGGAUCAUCUUUUUUUAAUCAUUUUUUUUUUCUUCUUCUGCAAAUAACAAUUUGUAAUUUAUGUGUAUCAAUUGAAAUUCAUGUAGACAUUUUAUGAUCUAUUAACAUUAAAUUCAUUGAAUUUUUCUUCUA